CUCGGCAGCCCCGGUAGACUGCUCCAACUUGGUGUCUUUCCCCAAAUAUGGAGCCUGUGUGGAGUCACUGGGGGAGCCGGGGGUGGGGAGGGGAGCCGGCUUCCUCCAGCAGGGAGGGGGCCGAGGAGCAAGCCAGCGGGGAGGCUGACAUCACCACAGCGGCAGCCCUUUAAACCCCUCACCCAGCCAGCGCCCCAUCCUGUCUGUCCUAGCCCAGACACAAGUCUUCACUCCUUCCUGCGAGCCCUGAGGAAGCCCUCUCUCCCCAAACAUGGCCAACAAGGGUCCUUCCUAUGGCAUGAGCCGCGAAGUGCAGUCCAAAAUUGAGAAGAAGUACGAUGAGGAGCUGGAGGAGCGGCUGGUGGAGUGGAUCAUAGUGCAGUGCGGCCCUGAUGUGGGCCGCCCAGACCGUGGGCGCUUGGGCUUCCAGGUCUGGCUGAAGAAUGGCGUGAUUCUGAGCAAGCUGGUGAACAGCCUGUACCCUGAUGGCUCCAAGCCGGUGAAGGUGCCUGAGAACCCGCCCUCCAUGGUCUUCAAGCAGAUGGAGCAGGUGGCUCAGUUCCUGAAGGCGGCUGAGGACUAUGGGGUCAUCAAGACUGACAUGUUCCAGACUGUUGAUCUCUUUGAAGGCAAAGACAUGGCAGCAGUGCAGAGGACCCUGAUGGCUUUGGGCAGCUUGGCAGUCACCAAGAAUGAUGGGCACUACCGUGGAGAUCCCAACUGGUUUAUGAAGAAAGCGCAGGAGCAUAAGAGGGAAUUCACAGAGAGCCAGCUGCAGGAGGGAAAGCAUGUCAUUGGCCUUCAGAUGGGCACCAACAGAGGGGCCUCCCAGGCCGGCAUGACAGGCUACGGACGACCUCGGCAGAUCAUCAGUUAGAGGGGAGAGGGCCAGCCCUGAGCCCUGCCCUCCCCAGCUCCCUGGCUACAGCCAUCCCGCUUAGCCUGCCUCACCCACACCUGUGUGGUACCUUCAGCCCUGGCCAAGCUUUGAGGCUCUGUCACUGAGCAACGGUAACUGCACAUGGGCAGCUCCUCCCUGUGUCCCCAGCCUCAGCCCAACUUCUUACCCGAAAGCAUCACUGCCUUGGCCCCUCCCUCCUGGCUGCCCCCACCACCUCUACUGUCUCCUCCCUGGGCUAAGCAGGGGAGAAGCGAGCGGGCUGGGGGUAGCCUGGAUGUGGGCUAAGUCCACUGUCCUCCUUGGCGGCAAAAGCCCAUUGAAGAAGAACCAGCCCAGCCUGCCCCCUAUCUUUUCCUGGAAUAUUUUUGGGGUUGGAACUCAAAAAAAAAAAAAAAAAAAAUCUUUUC